AUGUCAAUUCUUAGCUUUAGAGUUUCAGCCUUGGCCAUGUUGAUGGUGGCCGGAAUUUUAAUCUCCGGCGACAAGGGGGUCUCGGCACAAGACUGCUCAGAUGACAUUCAAGGCCUUAUAUUGAACUGCCAGCGAUACGUCAUAAAGCUCGGGCCGAAGAUACCUCCACCGGCGGCAUGCUGCGAUGUGGUCAAGUCUGCAAACCUUGCUUGCGUCUGCUCACAUGUUACACCGGCCAUUGAGAAGUUUGUCAGCAUUGAGAAGGUUUUACAGUUCCACCAGUGGCAUGAAAUGGGGAUAGCAGGAGAGAUGCCAGCUGCUAGAUGGACCUAUGCACCACCAAAGUCUAAGAAAAACCCAACAAACAUAGAGAGAGGGAGAAAAAAGAUAGAGAAAAGGAUAAUGGCAAUUCUUAGCUUUAGAGUUUCAGCCUUGGCCAUGUUGAUGGUGGCCGGAAUUUUAAUCUCCGAAGACAUGGGGGUCUCGGCACUAGACUGCUCGGUUGACAUUCAACGCCUUAUAUCGAACUGCAAGAGAUACGUCAUAAAGCUCGUCCCGAAGAUACCUCCAUCGGCGGCAUGCUGCGGUGUGGUCAAGUCUGCAAACUUUACUUGCGUCUGCUCACAUGUUACACCGGCCAUUACGAAGUUUGUCAGCAUUGAGAAGGUGCUCUAUGUUGCAAAAACUUGUGGCUUAACUCUUACCAGUGGGAUGAAAUGUGGAAGUUUUACAGUUCCACCAGUGGUAUGA